AUGCGGCACGACGUCGAGACCCGGCCGGGAAAGCCCCCGGCACCCCCAUCAUGGGGCUCGAUACCAAACAAAUUCCAACUCUUCAUAAUAUGCUCGGUGCGGGUGGUCGAUUUCUUUCAGCAGGCUGCCCUGCAAGCAUACAUGUUCUAUCAGCUCAAGUCGUUCUCUCCCUCGGCGCCGGACAGCCAGAUAUCCUUCGAGGCCGGCGUGUUACAGGGUGUCUUCACAGCCGCGCAGGUCUUCACGGGUAUCCUUUGGGGACGGGUGGCUGAUGCCCCGUCGUUUGGGAGAAAAAGCGUCCUUCUGAUCGGGCUGACGGGACAGGGAUUGAGUUGUAUAGGCGUGGCAUUUUCAAGAAGUUUCCCGGCGGCCGUGGUCUGGAGAUGUCUGGGUGGCGCCAUCAAUGCGACUGUGGGAGGAGCGAGGACCGCAUUGGCAGAGAGCACCGAGAAGAAAUAUCACUCGAGGACAUUUCUGCUGCUGCCUCUGGCGUGGAACAUUGCCAACAUCUUCGGUCCCCUGUUCGGCGGCAUGCUCGCCGAUCCGGUACACAACUACCCAGCCCUGUUUGGAGAAAACUCGACAUUUGGCGGAGCGAAGGGGGUUUCAUGGCUGACAACUUUUCCCUACGCCGCACCGAACCUCUUUUGCGCGCUCGUGCUGUUCGCAGAUGCAUUGCUCGUUUGGAUGGGUCUGCGAGAAACGCUGGGUGCCAAAAAAUACAACCGUGACCGGGGUAUCGAGCUGGCUGAGAGCAUCACGUACCGCAUCCGCACCAUGGUCUUUCGGCGCUUCGGAUACAGCCAACUUGGCCAAGCAGACGCGGCGGCUGGCCCGGAUACCGUGGACGACGAGAACAUGCCCUCUAGUACGCCGAUGGAGACACUGCCGCCCAAGGAAGGCGACAGCGCAAAUCCCUCGGGAACCUCGUCCAAGGCGCCCCCAAGGCCAUCUGAAGCUCCCAAAUCGGCCCCUCCAUUCUAUCAUGCCAUCACUUCCAAUGUCCUUCUCGUUCUAGCGACCGUCGCCAUCAUGGAUUUCCAGAUGGGUGGAUUCGCCUCUCUGUGGACCAUCUUCCUUUCUUCCGCCCGGGCCACCGACGAGGAGAAGGCUACCAUCCGUCUCCCCUUCGUCUUCACGGGCGGGUUGCAAUUCAGUCUCCCGACGAUCGGUCUCGCCAUGUCGAUUUUAGGAUUUGUCGGCAUCAUCCUCCAGCUGACGCUCUAUCCAAGCGUCAAUGCACGAUUCGGGCUCCUGCGCUCGACACGCUGGUCCCUGUUCGUGUUCCCCAUCGCAUACGCCCUGGCGCCAUACCUGUCGCUCCUUAUCUCCCAGCCUUUCCUGCUCUGGAUCGCCAUUGUCGUGGUGGUCGUUCUCCAGGUCGCUGCGCGGACGUUUGCGAUUCCCGGCUCUGUCCUGCUCAUCAACAAUUCCAGUCCCAGUCCGGCCAUGCUGGGCACGAUCCACGGCAUGGGCGCCGCAACAUCCAGCGCCUUCAGGACCAUUGGGCCCAUUGUCGCGGGCCAUUGGUACGGGCAGGGCCUUGAAAAGGGCGUUGUCGGCUGGGCCUGGUGGUGGUUGGCCCUGGUGAGCCUUUUUGGCGUUGUCCCCAGUUUCUGGGCCAGGGAUGGGAAGUAG